AUGGAUGAUGGAAGCUCUCCCGAAGUUACUUUGCUCAACCCUUUUAUUUUCUUCAAUAUCCCCUACCGCUCCAUCUAUGUCAACAACAAUGGUGUAAUCUCCUUCAACGUGCAGGUUAGCCAGUUCACACCAGAGGCUUUUCCCCUGAGUGACAGCAGAUCAUUUAUUGCUCCACUUUGGGCAGAUGUGCACAACGGCAUCCGCGGAGACGUGUACUACCGGGAGACCACCGAGCCGGAAAUUCUGGAAAGAGCAACGCAAGAUGUCCGGAAAUAUUUUAAAAACAUGCCCACUUUUACUGCCAACUGGGUCUUUAUUGCAACAUGGCACCAAGUCACGUUUUACGGAGGAAGCCAGACAACUCCGGUGAACACAUUCCAAACUGUACUCAUCUCAGAUGGCGUGGCGUUCUUCAGUAUGUUCAACUAUGGAGAAAUCACAUGGAGUACAGGAACAGCCAGUGGUGGAGAUCCUUUAACAGGACUGGGUGGGACAACAGCUCAGUCAGGUUUUAAUGGUGGAGAUAUCGGCCACUUCUUCAACCUGCCGGGAUCACGGUCAAAUGACGUAGUGAACAUUGAACAGACAACUAAUGUAAAUAUUCCUGGGCGAUGGUUCUUCCGUGUAGACACUGAGCUGAUAAAUCCUGCCAAUGGCUGCAGCUACAAUGGGCGUUACUACAGACGGGGAGAGAUCUUCUGGUUGUCUGACAGGUGCUCACAGCGGUGCCGCUGCCUCGACAUUGAUAAUGAGGUGCAGUGUCAAGAGGCUCCGUGUGGCCAGCUUGAAACGUGUGAGCAGCUGGAAGGAGCCUUUUACUGCCAGCCCACUCGCACCAGCACUUGUGUGGUCUUCGGGGAUCCUCAUUACCACACCUUCGACGGCUUCCUCUAUCACUUCCAGGGCACCUGCACCUACCUGCUGGCUCGGCCCUGCUGGGAGGUGGUGGGACUGCCUUUCUUUAGUGUAGAGGCCAAAAAUGAGAACCGUGGAGCUGCCUCUGUUUCCUGGCUUAGAGAUGUCACAGUGGAGGUGUAUGGUCACCGAGUCAUGUUGCCAAAAGGAAGUUCUGGAACAGUCCAGGUGGAUGGCUUAGUGAAGACUUUACCAGUCCAACUCCAGCUUGGUGCUAUCAGGGUGUACCAAUCUGGGGUUGCCAUUGCUUUGGAAACAGACUUUGGACUCUUGGUAACUUACGAUGGCCAACACUAUGCAUCCAUCUCCCUACCCAGCUCCUACUUCAACAACACUUGUGGCCUUUGUGGUAACUAUAACGAUGACCCUGCCGAUGAUCCUGUAUUACCUGAUGGCUCUCUGGCAGAAAGCGUGGUGGAGUUGGGGGGCAGCUGGAGAGCAGAGGACACGGACUGGAGGUGUACAGAUGGAUGUGCACAGAACUGCAGUGUGUGCGACCCUCUUACAGAAGCCUUCUACUUUCGGUCUGACUACUGUGGGCUAAUCAACAAAACUGACGGACCUUUCAGGGACUGCAGAGCUGUAGUGGAUCCUACAGCCUUUGUGUACAGCUGUGUAUAUGACAUGUGCAGCAACAAGGAUAAUAUCACUACUCUAUGCCAGGCAAUCCAGGCCUAUGCUCUAGCCUGCCAGACCCUUGGUGUCACGAUACGACCUUGGAGAUCUCGCACCUUCUGUGCUUGGUCAUGUCCAGAGUUCAGCCAGUAUCAAGUGUGCACAAGUGCCUGUCCAGCUUCCUGCUCAGACCUCACCGCCCCCUUGUAUUGUGCUCAUCCUUGCACUGAAGGCUGCCAGUGUGAACCAGGCUACGUUCUCAGUGGCAGCCGCUGCGUACUGCGUGAAGACUGUGGCUGUGUGCAUAAUGGCCUCUAUUACCACCUUAAUGAGACUUUCUGGGUAGGUCCCAGCGGUGAAGAAGGCGAAUGUACCCUCCGCUGUACCUGUGGGCCUGCUGAGCAAGUCUCUUGUUUCAAUGAGUCCUGUAAGGAGGGUGAGGUGUGUGUGGCAGAGGUUGGCUUGCUGGGUUGCUACCCUCGAAGAGAAGGCGUGUGCUCAAUCACCCAGAACUCAGUGACAUCCUCCUUUGAUGGCAGCUUCCUGCAGUUCCCAGACGACAGCUCUUACUACUUACUGAAGCUGUGUGCUCCUGUGCCAGCAAACGGCUCAAUGGUGGAAGUGAAGAUAGGCAGGAGGCUGGUCAACAAAGGUCCUGCUUGGAAAAGGCCUGUGGUAGUUGCACUGGCUAACCUGGAGGCACAGAUGGGAGGGGUGGAUUUUGAUACAGUAAAGGUGAAUGGUGAAACAGUGUCACUCCCAUAUGUCCAUCCAAUGGAGACAAUGAUGAUCUACAGAGCACCAGGCAAUGCAACAGUGGUGGAGUCCCGUGGUCUGCUUCGUGUCCACUACACACACCAAGGAUUCCUCAAUAUCUCCCUUUCAACCCUCUUCUACAAUGUUACUUGUGGUCUUUGUGGUGUCUUCAAUAGCAAUGCAACUGAUGACCUUCGCCUACCAAAUGGACGCCAGGCAGAGUCUAUUGAACAGUUCACAGAGGGCUGGCGGUCCAUUGCUGAUGAUCUUACUUGCAACGGGGACUGUGAUGACUUGUAUCGCAUGUGCACAGAUUUGCGUCUCUACCAGAGUCCUUGGAUGUGCGGCAACAUCAACGACCCCGGGAACAGUUCCUUUCUUGCAUGUCACGCCGUGGUCAACCCCUCGCCGUUCUUCAGGAACUGUUUGUACAACAUGUGCGUGAGGGAAGGGAACCGCUCAGCCCUGUGUUCUUCGCUGCAAGCUUACGCCACCGCCUGCCAGGAUGCUCAAGUAGGACUUGCUUCAUGGAGGAGCGCCACCAACUGUCCUCUUCCCUGUCCAGCGAACAGUCAUUUUGAUGAGUGCACCAGUGCCUGCCCUCUGACCUGUGCCAACUUGGAUGAACCCGAAGAGCCGUGCCCCCUGCCUUGUCAGGAGGGAUGUCAGUGCGAAGACGGCUUUGCACUGCAGGAUGGCCUGUGCGUGGCACGCAGCGAUUGUGGGUGCAUGUACCACGGGCGCCAGCUGGCCACUAAUCAGACUUUCUGGACAGACUGGGAGUGCCAGGAACGCUGCUACUGCAAUGGCUCUGACAACAGUGUAUACUGUCAGCUCGCACCGUGUCACCCUGAAGAGUACUGCCAGGAGAAUGACAGCCUGUAUUAUUGCCAGCCACGCGCUGAGGCUGUGUGCGUGGCAGCCGGUUAUGGACAUUUUCUGCCGUUUGGUGGUGUGCCAUUUGAGCUGCAGAGCUCUUGCACUCUUAGGAUGGUCACUACCAGAUGCAGAAGGGAGCAAACAACCAUCAGCAGAACCUUUCCUCCAUUUAAACUGGCAGUUCGUAAUGAGGAUAGAGACACAAGCCAAGCAAUUUGGGUGAGGGGCUUUGUGCUGGAGGUCUACGAGUAUGAAAUUGAAGCAUCUCGAAGCUACAAAAACACCGUCACGGUGAAUAAGGAGCGUUUGUAUCUACCCCUGAGGCUGGGUCCAGGAAAGGUCAAUAUCUUCACCUUUGGCAUGCACCUCAUUUUGGAGACAGAUUUCGGCCUGAAGGUGGCCUUUGACUGGAACACACUCCUCUUGUUGACUUUACCCCGCGACCUCUACAACACCACCUGUGGCCUCUGCCAGGGCGUGUCCCUGUCCCCACCCACCCUUUCCACCACUGACUGGGGUAUGGCCUGGGCAGAGAGGGACACCUUCUGCCAGGUGGGUUGCGGAGACUCCUGCCCACGCUGUGGCCUGGGAGAGAAAAGCGUCCAAAACGACACCCCUCUCAUGGCGGCUGAUGCCAACAUGAACGUCGGCACCGACAAUGAAGCGAACGGAGUCAGCGCAGGCAUACGUUUCCACAUCGGAGACGGACUUUAUGUGUUUGUGGAGCCCGAGGCAGUGAGGCUGUGUGGGUUACUUGUCGAUCGAGGAGGCGUGUUUGCACGUUGUCACAGCAAGGUGGCGCCAGCAUUCUUUUAUCAAAGCUGCCUCCAGGAUACCUGCUUGGACCAGGGAACUCACGAUACAAUCUGUAACUGGCUGCAGAUCUAUGCCAGCACCUGUCAGAUCCAGGGGGUGUCUGUCACCAACUGGAGGAGCGACACACCGUGUGUCCAGAGCUGUCCACCUAACAGCCACUACUCCAGUUGCAUGUCAGUUUGCCCGCCCCAGUGUGCCCCAGCCCGCGGCCAAAGGGACUGCAGCCAGGACUGCGUGGAGGGCUGCCAGUGCGACCAGGGAUACGUGCUCAACGGCAAGAACUGCAUCCUGCCUCAGAACUGUGGCUGCUACACUGAUGCCAAAUACUAUGAGCCCAAGCAGCUGUUUUGGAACAGCGACUGCACCAAACGCUGCCAGUGCAUCGGACGAAACCUGAUUCAGUGCAAUCCAAGGCGAUGCAAGGCGGAGGAGGAGUGCACCCUACGGCACGGAGUGCGGGGCUGCUUUGCGCGACGCUCCCAGCACUGCGUGGCGUCGGGCGGCGGAGUCUUCAGGACGUUUGAUGGGGCGUCGCUGCGACUGCCGGCCUCGUGCUCCUUCGUCCUGUCCACAAACUGUCGCAAGCUGCCUGACCUCUCUUUCCAGCUCAUUGCUAACUUUGAUAAAUGGAGCACGCCCAACCUCACCACCAUCUCCCAUGUCUACCUGUACAUCAAUGAGGAGAAUAUACUCAUCUCUGGCAGCACUGUCAAGGUUAAUGGCACACCGGUAUCUGUACCAUUUGUAACAGGGCUGAUGACACGCCUGUCCACAUCUGAAGGUUUCAUUGUCAUCGACACACCCCAGGACAUCCAGGUACGGUACAACCACUUUAACACCCUGAGCAUCACAAUGGGCCAGCGGCUCCAGAACAAGGUGUGUGGCCUUUGUGGGAAUUUCAACGGGGACCCCAGCGAUGACUACAUCACCUCCAGGGGCAAGCCAGCUGUCAGCGCACUGGAACUGGCGCAGAGCUGGAAGACCAACGGCAUGCAGAACAGCUGCGAUGAGACCCAGUAUGUGGCUUUGGCUCAGUCCUGCGACAACACAGCUGUCCUGGCUCUGCAGAGUGAAGACGCCUGUCAGAAGCUCACCCAGCUCAAGGGCUUCUUCCAGCCGUGCCACGGCCUGCUGGAUCCCCGUCCCUUCUACCAGUCCUGUUACCUGGACGGCUGCUACAAUCAUCGCAAGGCUCAGGUCUGUGGAUCACUGGCGGCCUACGCAGAAGCUUGCCGGGCCAUGGGCACCCUCACCACCAAGUGGAUCACCCAAGAGAACUGCUCAGAAUGGAUCUAUGACCCCUGUGCAGGAGAGAUCUGCACAAACUUCACCUGUGAGCUGGAGAACGGAGGCGACCUGUGUGGCUGUCCUGAGUUACCCACCAUUUCUGAAGGUGAUGAUGACAUCAUCCAAGCAGAGGUGACCUGUAAGCAUGCUCAGAUGGAGGUUUCCAUCUCUAAGUGUAAGCUCUUCCAGCUGGGCUUUGAACGGGAAGACGUCAGGAUCAACGACGAGCACUGCACUGGCAUUGAGGGAGAGGACUUCAUCUCUUUCCACAUCAACAACACUAAGGGACACUGUGGCUCCAUCGUACAGUCCAAUGGCACACACAUCAUGUAUAAGAACACUGUGUGGAUAGAGAGUGUGAACAACACUGGGAACAUCAUCACCAGAGACAAGACCAUCAACGUGGAGUUUUCCUGCGCCUAUGAGCUGGACCUGAAGAUCUCACUGGAGACUGUCCUCAAACCCAUGCUCAGCGUCAUUAACCUCACCCUACCGACCCAGGAAGGAAACUUUGUGACCAAGAUGGCUCUGUAUAAGAACUCCUCAUACCGUCAUCCAUAUCGAGAAGGGGAGGUGGUGCUCAGCACUCGGGACAUCCUCUAUGUAGGCGUCUUUGUGGAAGGAGCGGAUGAAAACCAGCUCAUCCUUAUAGUGAAUAUGUGCUGGGCCACACCAUCCCGCUACAGCAGUGACAGACUCCGCUAUAUCAUCAUUGAGAGAGGGUGCCCAAACAUUAAGGACAACACCAUCGGCAUGGCAGAGAACGGCGUAUCACUCACCUGCCGCUUCCACGUAACCGUCUUCAAGUUCAUCGGGGAUUACGACGAGGUCCACCUGCACUGUGACGUUUCUCUGUGCGACUCAGAAACAAAUGCCUGCAAAGUGAAUUGCCCACACAAGAGAAGAAUGUACUCAGAGGACAGUGAUCAUAAAGAGCACAUACUGUCAGUGGGACCCAUAAGAAGGAGAGAGGCUGACUGGUGUGAGGAGAACAAUGGAGGGUGUGAGCAAAUCUGCACCAGUAAGGUCACUGGGCCCAUUUGCAGCUGUGUGACUGGGAUGCUGCAAAGAGAUGGGAAGAGCUGCCGGGCUGUGAGCUCAAGCAGUAAAGUCACACCUGAGAUUCCUGUCCUGAGCGUCAGCGCUGUGAUCUCCAUGUGUCUGGCUCAUAUUCAUACUCUUCUCCUCUCCUAACACUCUGUGAGCUGUGAGAAGGCAAUAAAUGACAAAGAUCAAACACACACACACACAAAAAAGACUUGAAUAUGCACAAAGUAUCAUCAUUGAUUAGCCAGUAGAUCAGUUGUGUUUCAGUCAGUAAGUCAAGACAGAAUUUACUGUACACUGACUAAUUUUUGUCUCUACAUUUCAUUGAUACAAAAAAAGUUAAGUCAGCUUUCUAGAUACAUGGACAGCCAGUCAGUUUCACCACUUUGUUUUUCUUCACCCCCAUCUGCUCCUUUAUUUAUCAGGACACCUGACUGUGUUUAUCACUCACUUAAAGCCACUAUGUGUAGAUUAUUUUAAGUUGAUUAUAACAUUUUUUCUUUGUAGGAAAUUAACAUAUUAUGGAUGCUACCACCAGAUGGUGCCAAAGAAAAUCUUUUUCCAAUCCUAGACAUAUAAACUUGAAGGAAUAUGAAUGUAAAACAGUUAAAAUCACAUAGUGACAGUUACGGAAAGACAGUGGCCAAAUUAAAAAAAAAAAACAAUAAGCAGUAAUGUUAUUGAUUAGUUGAAGGAAACAUAAUUGCAAUAAUUUGCAGAAACUAAAAUGUGAUUCCAUCUUUUUGUAUUUAUGCCUGAUAUUAUUCUAGUCACACUGGGGAAAACUUAUUGCAGCCGUGUGCAAUGAACUUAAGAUUUCACUGCCUUUGAAAUUAUUGCUUCAAAAACGGGAACAGGUCUUUGACCGCUCACAGCGAGUUGCCAUCUUAAAAAUGACUUUGGUGCAUCAAAACGGUGAUAAGAGGGAGUCGGUUUGCAAUUGAAUGGAGUAAAAUUGGUAAUUACAUGCAAUCUGUUUGUGAUAAUUGUGUGAUUUUAUGUGAUCUGCUGCAAAUCACAUUCGUAUUCAAAUCAAAUUCGCAUUAAAGAGAAAUUCACAUUAACGACGUACAUUCAGAGUCCAGCCAGAACCUCACAGAUUUGAAACAAAUAUUCUUCCACAAAUGGUGACGUAGUUGCUGCAGGACAGCGAUUUAACAGCAACUUGGCAUAGGUGCUCAACAAGCGUGCUUUUACAUAGAAAAUGACCAGAAUGCAACUAGUUGGCAAGUCCCCUGUUGCAAAGAGAUAUGUUGCAGACAAGUUGCAGACUGACUCAGAUUGAUUGCAGUGUGUUGGCAAGAGAGUGAGAGUGACUGUUGUCAGUCUAAGACCACGGUUGUUUGGAAGCAGGUUGCCAGGUUGCGACCUUUUCAAUCACCUGGUAAGAGAACGUCAACUAAUUGGUUGCCAUAACUACUUGCAAUUUUUCAUUAUUAAUUUGUAAAUUAAUGACAUUUUGAGCUUCUCAGUGGAGGGUUUUUUCUCUUAUAGUUUAGACUGUUAGUCAAAUGAAACAAAAAAUGAAAAGAGAAAUUUUAAUUUAGAAAAAAAACCCUAUGAACCAAACAACAACAAAAAGUUAUUAUGCUGACAUUCAGUCUGCAAUCUCAUAUAGGCAUGACAUUUGGAUCCAAAUGGGAAAGAAGCUUAUUUAUCAAUACCAUAAACUAUAAAUAAAAGAUGGGCAUAGCCUCGUGCUGAGGAUCUUGGUGUGAUGAUACUGGACAUGAAGAGUGAGGGGUGGAACUAACUGAAAAAUUGAGUAUACUGUUCAUUCAUAGGCUUGUUAAUCUCAAGUUGGGCCUGACAUAAAGCAUGCUGUGGUUUAUGGUCGGUUUUGACUCUAAUGGGGAUCAUAAUUUGCAAAAUUAAAUUCAGUAAGUCUUGAAACUUCUGAACAGGCCAUAAAACCAUCUGGGAGAGUGGUCCCCCUGCUGGCCAUUAGACCUUAAGCUGCAAUGGCUUCACUGUUCAGACCCCAACACUACGUCCAUGUUUAUUACACAGCCUGUGUUUAGCACUAGGAUUGGGUUCGCCAAACGAUAACGCUGUUUUUUGGCCUAUACCGCUCAGGUGUAACUUUUUGAUGAGAAGCCUGAGAGAACAGGAAGAGGUGAAGUUGUUAUAUGUGACAUUUGAACGUGCCGUUUCUUAAGAAAGUGGUGAAACUGUACAGAUUUCAUUAAGAAACUGACAGCUGACACUGUCAGGUGUGUCACAAUGCCAAGUAUUACCCAGAAACAAACAAAUCCUUCCUUCUGCCUGUGCGACUGUGCUUAUAUAUGUACUUCCUAAUUACGACAUUUAUUUCUCUAAACCAAUAAAACCUACAACAGCAAAGAAGGUUAAGGAUUAUGUGAAAUGAUAACUGUGUGAAAAGAUGAUUACUUCAUAAUGUAAACAAUGGCGCACUGCAUUGUAAAGUAGAGUUUCUGAAUAAAAUGAGGAUUUAUGUGUGAAGAGAGCACCUUGUGAAAUGAAUACUGUUUAAAAUGUCAUUCAGCCACAACAUUAAAAGCACCUGCUGAACGCUGUGUGCAGCUCUGACUCACACCAACACGGGACAUCAGGGGACGCCCUCUGCUGUCCGGCAGUCGGACAGAUCCUUUGGCUUCGUGUUUUGGAGUGGAGCUAGCAUGGAUUGGAAAGUUAUGAAAAGAAAAACACAAUCUUUUCUAAACUUAAAGAAGUAUUUUUGUUGCCUGAAUCUAACCAAAUGCUAGAAAAAAAGAAGAAGAAAGAAAGAAAAACAGGAAUUUGUAGACUGAGUCAGGCUAAGUCAGCCUUCAACACAUGAAGGACGGGACCCAAGGUUUCCCAUCAGAAUAUUUCAUUUUAACUAGUUGAUCAAUAUUUUUCACUUCACUCGUGCAAGUGGUUUUAAUGAUGUUGCCUUAUUGGUGUAUUUUUACCUUUCUAUGUUAGUAUGAGCAGAGGGGCUGUAAGUUAGACGAUUAAUUUCAGUCAUUUCUAAACUAACCAGUUUCAGUCUUCUCCUCCCUUUCAAUGUGUUUUCAAACACUCUUCCCAUGAGGAGUGGAAGAAUUAUUGCAUAGUUUAAAUAUAGCUCACAAUCAGCUGCUUUUAAGGGUUUUAAUAUCAAUAACUGGUGACCCCACAUCUUACAAAUUCUUCAGACUUCUUAAACUCUGUUUGAUAUUUGACAAUUUGGUGCAAUUACACAGAUACCAAAUAGAGCAGUUGCUGCCUUCUGUGUACAAAUGUACAGUCCUUGUCGGUUUGGUGGU